AUGCACACAUUUACGAAUUGGAUUAAUGAACAGCUCCGUGAAGCUGACUACAAAAUUUAUGAGCUGUCAAACGACCUGAGCGAUGGGGUCCUCCUGAUUCGACUGGUGGAAGUCCUGCAAAACCGAAUGUGCCCCGGAAAAGUGUUCAGCAAAGAUCCAACAGAAAUCCAAAUGCUGAUGAAUGUGCAAAUGGCACUGGAUGCAAUGCGGAGGGAUGGGAUUAAGCUUGUAAAUAUAGGAAGCCAUGACAUUGUUGAGGGGAACGCAAAGUUGAUCCUCGGAUUGGUGUGGAGUUUGAUUCAACGGUACCAAAUCGCCUCAAAAACAAAAAUUCCUCCAAAAAAGCUGAUGAUGGCUUGGAUUCAGUCCGUCCUGCCACAAUUGAAAAUCACAAAUUUUCGCUCAAAUUGGAACAAUGGGGUGGCAUUGUCGGCAUUAUUGGAAUAUUGCCAGCCAGGGUUAUGCCCAGAAUGGAGCCGUUUGGAUCCGGAGCAAGAGGAAGAGAAUUGCGAACGGGCGCUGGGCCUUGCCGAGCGAUACCUUGGGAUACCAUCUAUAAUUUCUGCGGCCCACCUGUGUUCGCCGGAUCUCGAUGAGCUGUCUUGCAUUACAUAUUUGUCGUAUUUUGUCAAGAAGGGCUCCCCGGGGUAUCGGUCGACGAUGAACCGGGUGCAACAGUUAAUCGGUUCCGAAUCGAUAGUUGAAGAUUUUUCGGCUUCAUGGUGCGACGGGUAUAUCCUAUGUUUACUGGUUGAAUCAGUCGGCGGGCAAGUGCCUGAGAUUGACCAGAUGCAAUACGACGAUUAUCAUAGCUGGGUUCAUAAUGUGAAAUGCGCUCUCGAAGCAGCUGCCGAUCUGGGUGUUGGCUCGUUAGUAGGAGCUGAAGAUAUAGCUGAUGCUCAAGGAGAACAUUUAGGCAUCAUGGCAUUAGCAGCGGCGCUGUGCACCGUUGGCCCAACCGCCUCUUUUCCCACUACUCAAUGCUAUACGAACCAACAAGUCAAUCUCGACCUGGCAUUUGCGGAUGGAGGUGAGGUCAGAACCGAGGAAUUGGAGAUCGAAGUGCUCGAUCCAUCGGGAGUACGGUUGGAUCCGGAGGAGCUUCAAGUCCGGAAGAGCCGUACAGUUCAAGGAGCUGUGCUUUCUUUGGUGCCGAUCCAGGCUGGCUAUCAUCAGAUCCGGAUUUUGUGCCAAGGCAUCGAGCUCCCGUCGAGCCCGGUUUCCCUGCAAGUCCUCUCACCGGAAGCUACCAGGGAACCUCCGACUCCCCAAGCACCAAUACGCCGCACCCUUAGCUUCACCAAGAGGGCGAGCCCCAACGAGGAGGUGGCCAUCGAGAAUCAGUCAUUCGCCAAGAGACGAGCCGAGAUUGUGAAGAAGUUGGAGGAGCAGAGGGAGAGUGCCGUUCGCAUCGAAAAGAAACAACGAGAGCAAAAGGAGCGACUUGAGAAGACUCGCCACAGUUACCGCGAGAGAUCUCCCGAGCCUGACUACACGCAAUAUCAAGAAACUGAGGAAAUUUCGUACCGUGAAACGAUCACCCGGAACGAGAGGCCAUAUUCAUACGGGCAAACGGAGCGUGAGAUCAAGAGGAUGAGUCGUACUCGGACUGUAUCGGAUGUGGGUCUCAUUUCAUUUUCCGGGCUGACAGAACCAUGCGUCGUCGGAUCGAUCGUAGAAGUUGUGAUUAAUGCACACGGCGAUGCUUCGAGGGGUGAAGUGAAAGUCCAGGCCGAAUCACCAACAUCUCGUAUUAUGAAGUGCCCCGUAGAGCGUAGCGGUACCUCUUACGCGGCCACUUUCAACCCGGACGAAGUCGGUACCUGGCGAAUUGGGAUCAUCUACGACGAGGCACAUAUUCAGGGGUCACCCUUUGAUUGCCAGGUCUACGACCCGAACCUGGUGAACGUCUACGGGCUUGACGUCGGGCUCGUCGGGCAGGAGCUCCGUUUUUCGAUUGAUUCUUCGGCAGCUGGGUUGGGCGAGGUCGAGGUCUCCGUCCUCCGCCACGGCCGACAUAUUCCGGCCGCCCUCGAAAGACAAGGUUAUCAGGAGGUAUACACGGCAAUUUUCACACCUGACGGGGCUGGACAAUAUAAGAUCCACGUGUUGUUCAACAAAAUGGAUGUGAAAGGCUCGCCUUUCCUCCUCGAUAUCGCUGAUGCAAGCUCGGUGUCGGUGUACGGCGAAAAUCUUCGGAUGGCUUCCGUCGGACGUGGCGCCAGUUUCAGCGUUCAUGCCGUUGGAGCACAAACCAAGGAUAUCAGUGUCCAGAUCACAGAUCCAACCGGGGCAACUAAAUUUGGCCGUGUAUCUCCGGUAGAUGAUGGAACCUUCAGGGUAGAAUGGAAACCAACGGAAGCAGGGGAACAUUCCGUUGAUGUAAAGCUCUACGGCCAGAGUGUAUACGAAGGCCCAUUUGUAUGCAAUGUUGGAGACCCAGAACGAGUUGCUGUCCGCUCCAUGCCGCGCCGAAUCCGCGAAUCCGACAUCCAGAACGAUUUGUCCUUCGAAAUCGACGCCUCGGCGGCCGGAUCGGGGAAUCUCGAGAUCAUGAUCAAUGGAGGCCGCGUUCCAUGCAGGGUGCGCGAUCUCGGCUCCCGUCAAUAUCUGGCGCUGUUUACCCCGACCGAGCCCAUCACUCACACCGUCGAGAUGCGGUUUAACGGAGAGAGUGUUCGCGGUUCGCCGUGGCGGGUGGAAGCCGAUGGGGAUCGGGGCACGCUCAACCGGAAAGCCCACCCGAAUCGGGCAAUGUCAUACUACUCCGAAUUGACGGGCAUCGGGCUGGUCCGAGCGGCGGUGGAUAAAGUAUCCAGCUUUGAGAUCGCUGGCGAGGGGCUUGAAUUGGGAGAUAUUGAAGCCAAAAUCACAGGGCCUGAUGGGCGUGAGCUGCCAAUAAAAAUCUUGCCAAGAGGUUCUGGAAAGUUUCGAGUGGAAUAUCGAGUGGAGAAGGUCGGUGAACACCAGAUGAACGUCUGGAUUGCCGGAAGGAAAGUCGAUGAGUGCCCGCUUUCUGUAGCUGGCUACUCAGCCGACAAAGUUCGACUCGAACCACUUGGCGGUGGAGAACCCGGGAAGCCCGUGCAGUUUGUUGUUGAUGCCGUCGAUGCGGGCAAGGGACAACUCGAGAUUUCCGUCAACCAGGGCCGUGUGCCGAACAAUGUGCAGAUGCAGGGGGCUGGCAGAUGCCUCGUCACCUUCAUUCCACAACAUCCUGGCACCUAUGUGAUCGACGUGACCUUUAACGGGGAAGCUGUCCACGGAUGCCCCAUCAAGGUCGACAUCCUACCAAAACAAGUCGGCUCAACAGUGCAGGCCCCGUUAGCCGGCUACUCGUCACUGUCGCCUAGUUCCCCAACCAGGACGACCUUCAAUACAGGCAAGUCCGAUCGUCCAGUAGCCAUCUGUUGUAUCGCUGGCGGCUAUUCAGCACGCAGCCCAACUGGCCCAACCUCCCCUACAUCACCUACACUCCUCCGCCAAACAAGGACACGAUCAGCUGAGCCGUAUUCCCAAGACUUGCGAAGCGCCUCCCUGAUCAAGGAUGUUGGAUCGCCGCGUAGCCGCUUCGAACGGCAAGAGGACCGCCCCGGAAAACCCUGGGAGAAGAGCUAUGCCCCUACCGGUCGCGUGUCCCACUCGUACUCUCCGCAUCGCGAGGUCAACAACUCGUAUUCGUCCACGCUUGAAAGGGAAAAAGCCGGUUUCGACUCACCACGUCAAGGAUGGGCCGAAGGAAUCACCGGACAGAGCCCAGCACAUAGGGGCGACUCGCGCCCUGACUCCACUGAUCCCACCUCUGCCCAUGGCAGCAUCCUGAAGCGAUCCGACUCCCCGAAGUCAACCUCUCCUCGAUCAGCCUACUUGGAGCAAGGUUCCUCUUCUAUCCUGGCCAGCCAUCGUCGUGGAUCUGGAUCCUAUGUGGAACAUCCUACCAACAUCGGAUCGACUGAGAGGAUACGCCGAAUUGAGCAGGUAGAACCUUACGCAGAGGAGCGUGUUCGUAUCCCACCGGUUGACUACGAAAGGGAAUCCGGAAAAAUCGGCUACACCGUAGCUCAAUAUGGAGAACCAGGCACUGUUGAAAAGCCGAGAGGUCGCGAAUCGCCCGUCGAGCACGACUACGGACAGUUCCCUCUCAGAACAAGGGACUACGAAGAACAACAGACCCAAUCCCAACAGCACUACGAAUCACACCGAUCUGAGUCUCCGGUUUAUGCCUCCGCUUAUGAACGCUACGAAAGAAAGGAAAGCCCAGAACGGUCAGCCGAACCGGUAUACGGUCACUACGAGCGGCAACGUCCGCAUUCUCCGCCAAGAGAUUUCGAAGAAACAACAGUCACUUCUACCGGAGAUGAAGGCCGCUCGCCAUUUUACACGAGCUAUGAGCACGAAGAGCGCACAUUCCGUGGAACCUCGCCUACAUAUGGACGAACUCAUGAACGUUCUUCCGGAACUUAUGGGCCCAGAGGCAAGAUUUUCGAGGAGAAGACCACCGAUAGGAUGGUCUCACCAACCAGAGGCCAUUACGACUCGUACCCUGCUCCGGAUUAUACGACCGAAACGACAACCACGAGGACAACUUCUUAUUCGAUGUCGCCGACACACCAACCUGCACAUGUUACCCACACCGAAAGUGACGAAGAUCGUCCAUUUGCCAAGACGGCAGACACCGAGAAAAAGAACUCCGCCCAAAGCUUCACCAGAACGCAGUCGGAAAUCAUCAAGGAUGCUUCCGCUCCAUCGGGCCUUCGAAGAACCGAAGAAACCGAACAUAUUUACGAUUCUAAGCAACAACAGCCGCGCCUAUCAAGAACUUCUGAAUCGGACGAGGUCGACCACGCUAAAAGGGAGGCGGAACUUGAGCGUAUUCGGAGGGAGGACGAGAAAAUCCUGUCCCGCCACGGACUUUUGCAUGAGGAGAGGAGAGCGGAGCCGGUGGUGGAGAUGCGGCCAGAACGUGACAUCCAAACCCAACGGCCACCUUCCACCGAGCAUAAGCGGGAGCAGUUCCAAAAAUCGCAUGAAAUUAGGUCGGAUGAUAGCAUGCUGCACAAGAGCUUCCACGAAGCGCAUGAUUCUGUGGCUUCGGUCGACUACCCACAUGAGCCCGUUUCCGAUUACGGAGACGUGGUGGAGGUAGCUGGAGAUCGUCACGAGUUUACUACCGGGCAACAUCUGGUUGGUUUUCUAUUUGGCAGU